GCGCCCGCUUGCCCGGCCUUGGGCUUCAUUUUGGGCAGGAGGGCGGCCUCUUCCUCCGCUUGCCGAGCCGCGAGGGCGGAGCCAAGGGGGCGCAGCACCUGCGCAACAGAAAACUCCACGCGGCUCACGGGAGCAUCUUCCAGGCGGGCCACGUCGGCCAGCUGGAGCUCUUGUCUGCGGGGCGCAACUCAGGUCGCCGCGGGGGAUUCCGUGUCCGAGGCGGCAGCUCUUUUUGGGGCCGCGGGCCCUUUAAAUCUCUCCUGCUUCGGUGGGCGAGGACUUUCGUUUUCUGUCGUCGCUGCCCCCCCCCGGAUCGAUCCCACCUCCUCCUCCUCCUCCUCCUCUUAAAGGAGAACAACGCUCGGCCGCCGCUGCGUCACGGAGACGGACCUUUCCCGGGAGGACCGGCCUGACUUGAAGGUAUUGGGAAGAUGCUGCUGUCCAAACCCAGCAGGAAUGGCUUCUGCAUCCUUCACAGAACACACUGGUUGAGAGAGAUGCCUUGGAGGCUCCACCCUCCAGCCUGCAUGGCUUGGACAACCUCCCGCAACCAUGGCACUUGGAACGAUGCUGGCAGCACAAGGCGCAGGGUCAUGGUAGCAGCAGGGGCCGGGCUGGGCCUAGGCACCAUCUUGGCUUAUGGAGAUCACCGUCGGCGGGCAGCUGAGCCGGAGACCCCAGCGCCCGCAGCUGGACCCCCAUUUCCGGUCUUUACCCGGAAGGAGGUGGCUCGCCACAACAGCCAAGCGAGUCGGGUGUGGGUGACCUACGGCAGCGACGUUUUUGACAUCACAGACUUCGUAGAGGCGCAUCCUGGAGGCAAAAGUAAGAUCCUCCUGGCGGCGGGGGGCGCUCUGGAACCGUUCUGGGCCCUCUACGCCAUGCACAAGCAGGAACACGUGCUGGAGAUCCUCCGCGGGUACAAAGUGGGGGAGCUGAGCCCCGAGGAGCCUCCGCAGCCAACCCCGGGAGACCCAUACGCUGAGGAUCCUCAGCGGCACCCCGCCCUGCGGAUCAACACCUUGAAGCCCUUCAAUGCAGAGACUCCCCCGGAGCUGAUUGCUGAGAACUACCUGACUCCCAACGCGCUCUUCUUCAAGCGCAACCACUUCCCCGUGCCCGUGGUGGACCCCGCCACCUACCGGCUGCAAGUACAGAGUUCCGGCGGGCGGACGAUGUCCCUAUCCCUGCAGGACCUGAAGAGGAGGUUCCCCAAGCACGAGGUGACCGCUACCCUGCAAUGCGCCGGCAAUCGCCGGGCCGAGAUGAACGCGAUCAAGAACACCAACCGGCUGGGCUGGGGCGUCGGGGCCAUAAGUAACGCGCGCUGGGGUGGGGCCCUGCUUCGGGAUGUCCUGGCGGAAGCCGGGUACAAACCCGGCGACAAGGGGCACGUCUGUUUUGAGGGACUGGACAAGGAUCAGAGCGGCACCGUUUACGGGGCCUCCAUCCCUUUCAAGAAGGCCAUGAGUCCCGACGGGGACGUCCUCUUGGCUUAUGAGAUGAACGGGGAGGAGCUGCCCCGGGACAACGGCUUCCCCCUCCGAGUCAUUGCGCCGGGGAUAGUCGGCGCGCGUAACGUCAAGUGGCUGGCCCAGAUCACGGUGGGCCCGGAGGAAAGCCAGAGCCACUGGCAGCAGAAGGACUACAAAGGAUUCUCCCCUUCCGUGACGUGGGACAACGUGGACUUCUCCAGCGCCCCUGCCAUCCAAGAUAUGCCCGUGCAGUCGGCAAUCACCGAGCCGGGCCCGGGAGCCUGCGUCUGCCCCGGGGAGCUCACGGUGAAGGGGUACGCUUGGAGCGGAGGGGGGCGAAGGGUGAUCCGCGUCGAUGUUUCGCUGGAUGGUGGGAAGAGCUGGCACAUGGCCAAGCUCACCGGGAAGGAGCAGCUGCCUGGUCGAGCCUGGGCGUGGCAGCUGUGGCAGCUGGACGCCUGCGUGCCCGAAGGCACCAAAGAGAUGGACAUUGUCUGCAAGGCUGUGGAUGCCAGCUACAACGACCAGCCCAACACAGUGGCGCCCAUCUGGAACAUUUUGGGAGUGCUCAACAGCGCGUGGCAUCGGGUCCACGUCAGCGUGGGCGAGGAGUAAGAGGCUGAGUCGUGCCUCAUUGCCUGAAAUAAAGAAAGGGUCUUGGAUUGCGGUUGUUCUGCUCCUUCUUUCUUCUGAGAGUACGUUUGCCUACAUCCUCUUGGAGAAGAGCAUUUGUUGACACUCUGCAGCUACCACUGAGCUACAGCUUCCAUCAUUCCUGACCAUCCACUUUGCUGGCUGGGACUGAAAGCAGUUGUAGCCCAACAACACCUGAAGGUCACCACCUUGGCAAGCCCCGUUCGAGAUGGAUGAAGGCCCUUUUACUACCUCUUCUCUAAUCUCUCUGUCUUUUAAGGAAGCCCUUCUGCUGCCCUUUAGAAUUCCUUGUGGGUUUGUUUCUCGAGAGGCGAAUGCGCACAACCUUCACUGAGUUUCCUUCGUUAUCUCCUGCGCUCUGCUCCUCCUCCUCCUCAGGAUUGCUUUCUCGUUGUUCUUGCCACCAUUACAAGAGCUGUUCCCUCAUUUCCCACCCCUGCUCAGAAGACACGGUCGUGGGUGAAAAAGGAGGACAGAAAUCUCGACUCUUUCGACGAGGCGAUUUCAGCAGCUGUUUACACGUUACAGGAGCCCUUUGCGUCCAGCCAUCUAGCACAGUUUUCUAUCUGUAAGGAAAGGGGUCUGACAAUCGCUUUUGUGAAAUACUUAACUCCUGUCCUGGCAGGACUAAAAACGCAGAGAGAAUGGCUACUCUGCUUGCACAUAAGAAUGAGAUUGGGAAUAAAGGUAGUUUGCUCACAUAUGGGAAUUCAGGUUUAGGAAAACAGCAUACAAAACAGAGGCAUUGUGUGUUUGUGUGUACACCAAAACUAAAUUUGAAUGCUUUGGGUUUCCUGCAACAGUAGUUGUAGGGCAGAUUGCACCUGGUCAUAUGGGGAGCUUAGAUUUAUGUGUGUGUGUGUCCAAGGAAUUGGCUUUCUCCAUGGGCAUUUAUCUCCUCCCAUGAACACUUUGUGCCUUCUCUAUACAUGUGUGUGUGUUAGUGUAUUUUUUUGGGGGGGGAGGUGUUAGCCAUGUAGCAUUAAAAUAACAUCACAAACUUGCAGGAAAACAGUCAUAGGGAAAACAGUGUAACAUUCAAUUUAAUUUCAGGACUUUUUUUAAGACCCACUUUUUGAAAAAGAAAAAAAAAGCCCUGGGAAAACAUUAAAGCUUUUUUAACUUGCUGCCCAAAAUAUUGUAAUGUAGAUGCCAGAUGAGCCUCUCUGGUGAGACCCGUUCCGCAGGCAGGACACCGCCAAGAAGCACCAGUGCUUUUGAACUGUGUCUGGAAAUGGACUGGGAGCCAGUGCUGUGCGUUUCAGUGUGUACCACCACCCACCCCGUCCAAAAUUAGGUGUGUCCCGUCCCCCCCACCGCCAUUGCUGAUCCUUCUCAUCAGAUCAGGACAUCAUAGCUGCACCUCUUUCCUUUUUGCAACCUGUGCCUGUUCAGGGCACUGCCAGCACCUGCCACAAGAAGUGCCUGGAGAGAUUUUUCCAUUGUAGAUUUGUGAGUUUACGUGACACUCACUGUACUCUUGGUACUCCAGCAUUUUCUGCCAGUUCUUGCUCUGACGUUUCAGGGUGGGGAUGGAAAACUUUGCUAUGGAUGGAUUUGGGUGAGUCUCCGACCUGCCCUCCCCAAGUAUCUGAAGUGGUAAUUGGAGGCCGGAUUUGGAGAGCUUUGGGGAAAUUAAUCACAUUCGAGACUGGAAACUCUGCCUACUAGCUUGUAAGCAUUCCCCCCCCCCUUUACAACACUUGCCAAGCUUCAAGAAUCCGGUUUAGAGGGGUUAGGAAAAGCUUUCAUCACACUAUAAAGGACUUCUGUAUCUAUUCA